AUGUCUGUCGCUGAAUAUCUCCGAGAGUUUGUGACCGAGCGGCUCGCUGCUGCUACUGAAGACAUUUUGGGAGUUUUGAACAGAACUGUGGUCCAGUACGAGGAAGAGCUGGACCGUCAACGCAGACUGCUGGAUUUGGUUUGGAAACCUCACAUUCUCUUACACAGAAUCGGUAAGAAGAGCCAAGUUUAGACUGAAUAAUGAAGCAGAAGCUCGGUUUAGAUCAGGGCUGCCUCUCCUCUCGGUUUCCAUGUAUAAAUACUGUGAAUAAAGGCGGAGGAACAACCCUGUAUGAGUUCAACAAUAACUGUGCUGUGUUAAUGUGGUGCUAUUGUGUCAGUGGUUCUUAAUCUGCCGUUAACGAUCAGAGGAAUUUCAAGGAGUCCGGGGGACGCUCUCGGACGUUGACCCCGUCCUCUUUUGUUCCCGCGAGCUGUUAUAAUGACCCGGUACCAAAACUCAUCAUGUGGACAGAAAACAGGGGAAAGAAGGGGAAACCUAAGAAUAACAGACAUGUGUGUUGUUGGAAAAAAGGUGGUUUACUGUCAUCUUACGGGUUAGUUUUACGUCCAACUUAUUUGACUCCUACAGGAAGGCCUUAAGUGACUCCUGUACACAAAGCUGAGCCCUUUGAGUUCAUCACAUACCCCCCUGGGUGUCUUUUGUUUGUAUAGAUAUAAACCAGUUUGGCCUCUGUGAGCUCUAUUAAUGGAUACUAUGUUAACUAAUUGCCAUUUUGAUUCUCCUGCAGUACAAAAUGUUUAAAAGUGCCUGCUGGAUGUGCUUCCAAGAUGACGACAAAGUACCUUUUGAUUGAUUCUGACUUUAGUUUUGUGAUCUCUGGACUGCUGUAUUCUCAUAAAGUAAUAUUAGUCUUUUAAUACAUUUUAUAAUCUUGAUUUUACUCGUUCUCUUUAUGUUACAACUUAUCUUACUACUCUUUUCUCCAUUGUAUUAAAACUUAUUUUACAUUGUGUUGCUAAUUUUAUGUCAUUUAUCUUGCUAGAGUCUAUCAGUAUUGUACCUCAAUUCUUCAACAUUUUAACUGAAUUGUGUUUAAUAUUACAACUCUGUCCUUAAAAUAUUACAUCCUUCUUGUGAUUCCAAUUCUCUGUUUUCUGUUCCAUCUCAUUGACAUAUUUAUGCUUCUGUGUUCCUGCAGAUCUUCCACAACAACAUGACUGUGAGGAGGACGAGGUUGUCUCAGACCUGCAGCCCUGGAACCAGGAGAGGAACUCCAGUCCGGAACAAGAGGACCCAGAGCCUCUACAGAUUAAAGAGGAAGAGGAGGAAUUCUGCACCGGUCAGGACAGAGAGCAGCUUGAACCAAAGCAGGAGACCGGACACUUGAUGUUAACUCUAACCUGUCUGGAAGGUGAGAACACUGAACCAGAAGUAAAGAAGGAAGACCAGUUCCUGUCUCACAACUCUCAUGAGGCUGCAGACCAAGAUCCACAGAAAGACAAGCUCACAGAGUCAGAAUCAACUUCAAAAUCAGAACAACACCCCCCAUAAAAAAGUUAACAAACAAAGAAAGAUAAAAAUUCUAUUCUGAAAAUAAUUCUGAUUAAUAUGCAAAGGCUCUUGCAGACCAUGCAUCUCUCUUCAGCAUUCAGUGGGAGCAAUUUAACUGGACACCGAGAAAGCUUGUAAUCGAUCUGAAUGGCCACACUUGUUCGAGAUGCUCUCCAGAUAUGAUUUUGGCCUAAAAGCUUACAGUGGAUCAGAGCACUAUAUCAGUAACCUGUUUCAGCUCCUUUCAGUGGUGAUGUUCUACUAGAGAAGCCUACUUCAUAACUACUACAUAGCUGCAUAACAACUCAUACAUGAGAACUACGAGAACAAAUACAGGAGGAAGCUAGAGAUAAAACUCCAGCAAAACAACAUGAGGGAUGUAUGGAGUGUCAUGAGAACCAUCACUGGUUUUAAAAAUGCUGGUAGCAGUGGGUUAGAGGACUGUGUGGACCAGGCCAAUGAACUGAACCUGUUUUUCAACAGGUUUGACUCUGCGGCUGCUGCCUCUUUCCCACUUGACUCAGCUGCUCUCUGCCUACCUCCAAGUGCUUGAAGCGCCAAUUCCAAUUCUCUCUUUUCUGUCCCAUCUCAUUGACAUAUUUAUGCUUCUGUGUUCCUACAGAUCUUCCACAACAUGACUGCGAGAAGGACGAGGUUGUCUCAGACCUGCAGCCCUGGAAUCAGGAGAGGAACUCCAGUCCGGACCAAGAGGAUCCAGAGCCUCAACAGAUUAAAGAGGAAGAGGAGGAAUUCUGCACCAGUCAGGACAGAGAGCAGCUUGAACCAAAGCAGGAGACUGAACACUUGAUGUUAACUCUAACCUGUCAGGAAAGUGAGAACACUGAACCAGAAGUAAAGAAGGAAGACCAGUUCCUGUCUCACAACUCUCAUGAGGCUGCAAACCAAGACCCACAGAAAGACAAGCUCACAGAGUCAGAAUCAACUUCAAAAUCAGAACAACAUCCCCCCAAAAAAGUUCACAAACGAAGAAGUAAGAAGACAAAACAGCCUAAGGUUCACUCUGAUCCUCAACAAGGUGAAAAGACUGACACAAAUAGGGAAACGUUUACCAGCAAUUCAAAUUUACAGACACAUCGAAGUGUUCCCUCAGGUAAGAAGCAUACUUGUGAGAGGUGUGGGAAGAUAUUCAAGUACAAGUAUUUGCUGACAAAUCACGCGAGAUCACACAAAGGUGAGAGACUGUAUUCCUGUGGGAAAAGCUUCAGUUGGAAACCAGAUUUAAAAAAGCACAUGCGAAUUCAUUCAAGAGAAAAGCUGACCACCUGUGAAACAUGCAACAAAUCAUUUGUCAGUACAGGUAACCUGAGAAAGCACAUGAGAACACAUACAAAUGAGAAACCAUACUCCUGCAGCACUUGUGGGAAAAGCUUCAGUGUGAGUUCAUAUUUAAAACAGCACAUGCUUAUUCACUCAGGAGAAAAGCUGUUCACCUGUGAAACAUGCGGCAAAUCUUUUUAUCAGGAAAGUAACCUGAAAACACACAUGAGAACACACACAGGUGAGAGACCAUACUCCUGUGGCACCUGUGGGAAAAGCUUUUAUCAGAAUAAACAUUUAAAAAUGCACAUGCUAAUUCAUUCAGGAGAAAAGCUGUUCACUUGUGAAACAUGCAACGAAUCUUUUGUCAGUACAGGUAACCUGAGAACGCACAUGAGAACACACGCAGGUGAGAAACCAUACACCUGUGGGACCUGUGGGAAAACCUUUGGGCAGACUUCAAAUUUAGAAAAGCACAUGCUAAUUCAUUCAAGAGAAAAGCUGUUCACCUGUGAAACAUGCAACAAAUCUUUUGUCAGUACAGGUAACCUGAGAACGCACAUGAGAACACACACAGGUGAGAGACCAUACUCCUGCAGCACUUGUGGGAAAAGCUUUAUUGUGAGUUCAUAUUUAAAACAGCACAUGCUUAUUCACUCAGGAGAAAAGCUGUUCACCUGUGAAACAUGCGGCAAAUCUUUUUACCAGGAAAGUAACCUGAAAACACACAUGAGAACACACACAGGUGAGAGACCAUACUCCUGUGGCACCUGUGGGAAAAGAUUUAGUUGGACUUCAAAUUUAAAAGAGCACAUGCUUAUUCACUCAGGAGAAAAGCUGUUCACCUGUGAAACCUGUGGCAAAUCUUUUUACAGUUCAGAUAAACUGAGAACGCACAUGAGAACACACAUGUGA